CUCCAUACUGUUCUUUCUACACCCUUUAUCCUCCAUAUCCCUGAAGAUGAGCGACGAAAUUAACGGCACCGGUGAGCGAUUUGCUAUCGGUAUUUCUUUUGGCAAUUCCUCCAGCUCUAUUGCCCGUAUCAAUCCUGAAGGCAAGGCUGAAGUUAUUGCCAACGAAGAAGGAGACCGUCAGAUCCCUUCUAUCCUCUCAUACAUCGGUGGCGAGCAAUAUCACGGUACCCAAGCGAAAGCUCAGCUCAUCCGUAACCCCUCGAACACCGUUGCAUACUUCAGAGACUACCUUGGCAAGGACUUCAAGUCAAUAGACCCCACCCCAUGCCAUAACUCCGCCCACCCCAUUCAGAGCGACUCGACUGUUGCUUUCUCAAUCCGUGACACUGAGAGCGAGACACCCAACACUGUCACUGUCUCUGAGAUCACCACCCGCCAUCUUCUCCGUCUGAAGCAAUCUGCCUCUGAUUUCCUCGGCAGGGAGGUCAACGCAGCCGUUGUCACCGUCCCUACCGACUUCAACGAUGCUCAGCGUGAGGCCCUGACCGCUGCCGCCAAGGCUGCUGGUCUUGACAUUCUGCAGCUCAUUCACGAACCCGUUGCCGCUGCUCUUGCCUACGACGCUCGGCCAGAGGCUGUUGUCACUGAUAAGCUCAUCGUCGUCGCCGACCUCGGUGGCACCCGAUCUGAUGUUGCCGUCAUUGCUUGCCGUGGUGGAAUGUACACCAUCCUUGCCACUGCUCACGACUACGAAUUGGGAGGCUCUACCCUGGACCAGAUCAUCAUUGACCACUUUGCCAAGGAAUUCAUCAAGAAGCACAAGACCGACCCCCGUGAGAACGCUCGUGGACUGGCCAAGCUGAAGAUGGAAGGUGAAGCUACAAGGAAGGCCCUGAGCCUGGGUACCAAUGCCACCUUGAGCAUUGAGUCUCUUACAGACGGAAUUGACUAUGGUUCUACCAUCAAUCGCACUCGUUACGAACUCCUGUCUAGCAAGGUUUUCGCUCAGUUCACCGGCCUGAUCGAGCAGGUUAUCAAGAAGGCUGAACUCGAUGUUCUGGACAUUGACGAGGUUAUCUUCUCCGGUGGUGUUUCCCACACUCCUAAGAUCGCCCAGCUUGCUCGCAAUCUGUUCCCCGAGAAGACCCGAAUUUUGGCCCCGUCCACUCUGGCGUCCGCCAUCAACCCAUCUGAGCUGUCAGCCCGCGGUGCUGCCAUUCAGGCUUCUCUGAUCCAGGAGUUUGAAACCGAAGAUAUCGAGCAGUCCAUCCAUCCUAUGGUGACUGCCACACCUCACCUCAGCAAGGCAAUUGGUGUCGAGUUCACUUCCGGUGAUGCUGUCGAGUUUCUGCCUCUCCUUAACACAGAGACCGCCCUUCCCGCCCGCCGUGUGGCCCAGUACAGUGUUCCCGCCGAGGGCGGCGACGUCCUCAUCCGUGUCUGCGAAGGUUCCCGUGAGAUCAAGGUUACUAAGCCCGAGCCCAAGCCCAAGGAGGAGAAGUCCAAGGCCGAGGACGAUGAAGACGACUCCGACUUCGACUCCGAUGAAGAAGAAGAAGACAUCCGCGAGAUUGUGUGGAAAACCGAGCAGCCCAUUGCUGAGCUCGCCGUCAAGGGCGUUAAGGCCAAGGGUAAAGUUGAGCUGAUGAUCCACAUUAACGCCGACCUCGGUCUGCAGAUCACAGCUCGAGAAGUUGGCGGCCAAAGCGCCGUCCGGGGCGCUGUUGAGUCGCCAUGAACGUGAAUGUUACUUUUCUUUUACUUAGAAUCUUAAUGAUCCUUUUCGAAUAGUUUGAUUACUCUGAAGAGCCUAUAUACGCCAGCAGUUCCUUACGUUCAUGAUUGCGCGAGGUCUUCAGGAUAUUGAACUGUCGACGAAAAUGACUCUUUUGACGAUGGAUGAGUAUAUCAACGAAGACUUUCCAAAAGUAUAUAGUGUCCAACCACAAUAGAACGCUU